AUGCAGGUUGCGAAGGCGCCUGAAAAGGGAAAAGAAGUCAAAGAUGAGGACGUCUUGAUCAAUUGCACUUUUACGAUGGUCUCGCUCGACCCUGGCACGAAGAAGCCGGUGAACGUCAACCCACUGAUUAUCGAAACACCAGAGGAGAAGCGCUUGAAACUCACUAAGAAGAUAGACCCAUACGAUAACCUCCGCCAACCCGAUAAUGUCGUCUUCAUGGACGCGACGCGCCUCCAGACUGCGACAAUCAUGCAGCCCCAAUAUCGCAAUCGACAUCACUUCAUGAUCUUCGGAGGCUUCCUCCUCAAACAAACCUUCGAACUCGCAUUUACAACCGCCGCUGCGUUCGCACACGCCCGACCCACCUUCGUCUCGCUCGACCCAUCUACCUUCCAGAAUCCUGUUCCCGUGGGCAGCAUUCUCUAUCUCACGGCAACUGUGGUCUACACAGAUCCGCCGCUGAUCAACGCGCCUGGCGAGAACACGGACGAAAAUAGCGAAUACACAAGGGUUCAGAUACGCGUCGACUCGAAGGUCCGGGAUGUGGAGCAUGGGCACUCGAAACCGACAGGUCAAUUCAACUACACGUUCACAGUGCCAAAGAAUAUCCGAGUCAUGCCACGGACUUACCAGGAGUUCAUGAUGUAUAUUGAUGCGCGACGACGAGCAGAGCAGGUCAAGCGAACGUUGGACGAAGGACAUGGCGUGAGCGCGAAGACAGCGGAGGAAAGUCUUACAGAAUAA